AGGGGCUCCGGCUCUCUCUCGGCUCGGCUUCCUCGCCGCCUCCUCCUCCUCUCAUUGUCGGGAGGAGAAGCCGAAAGCUCGCCAGCCCAGCCAGGCGCUCCGCGGGGACGGAUCAGCACCUCCAAGCGGGCCGCCGCCGCCUCCUCCUCCCCACCUACCCCCACACUCCCCGCCGUGGAGUGUGGGCGCCCCCCGGCAACCGGGACGGGCAGAGCCGGCGGCCCCUGCCGGGCCUUUUUCCGAGAGAAGCGGAGGUUGGGGGGGGGGGGGAGGAAAGGCAGAGAAGACGGAGGCGAAAGUCUGGGGCGCCCUGGGCUCCUGCGCGCCGCGCCGAAGGGAAAGCAGUGGCGGCGGCGGCGCUGGGGAGGAGGACCGGUGCCGAUUCUCUACGAAGCCUUAUGAAAUCAAGGAAAAGGACCAACCAAUUGUCAGUUUUUGUUUGAGACCCAGGCAAGGGAAAUAAACUGAGCGGCAAACAUGGCUGACUACUCGACUUACAAAGAGACCUCCAAUCGGCAUUUGCGCUUCAAACUUCAGAGUCUCAGCCGCCGCCUUGAUGAGUUAGAAGAAGCAACAAGAAAUCUCCAGAAAGCCGAGGAUGAGUUAUUAGACUUGCAGGAUAAAGUGAUCCAGGCGGAAGGCAGCAACUCCAGCAUGUUGGCUGAUGUGGAGACCUUGAGAAAGAGAGUUUUGAAAAUAGAAGGCAAGGACGAGGAGAUCCGAAAGGCAGAGGAGCUCUGCCACGUGAUGAAGACCAAGCUGGAGGAAGAGGAGAGCCUUACCCGAGAACUGAAAUCUGAAAUCGAGAGGCUCCAGAAGCGAAUGGCUGAGCUGGAGAAGCUGGAGGAGGCUUUUGGUCGGAGUAAGAACGACUGUACUCAGCUUUGCCUCAGUCUCAAUGAGGAGAAAAACCUGACCAAGAAGAUUUCGACAGAACUGGAAAUUCUUCGGGCGAAAGUGAAAGAACUGGAACAGUCCGAAGACCGGCUGGAUAAAACAGAGCAAAGCUUAGUGAGUGAACUGGACAAAUUGAAAUCUUUAGCCCUCAUUUUUGUCAACGAAAGAAAACAUUUCACCGAAAAGGAGAAGCAGAGCGAAAAGCUGAUACAAGAGCUCACCCUAAAGCUGGAACAGAAUAAUAAACUCAAUCGGGCUGACCAAACGCGCAAUACAUCAAACCUGCUGGAGAGAUCAUCCAACAGUAUAAUUGACAGAAAUGACUUGAGGAUUGAGGUUGACUUGACAACUUCAGCAUUAUCCUCAAAAGAAACAAGGAGGAAAGCUAGCUUGGAUUACCUAAAACAUGUGGAAAACGAAACUCGAAACAAAUCGGAAAACCAGAAGAAUAAAAACCAAGAAGACAACAAAGUGAGGGACCUCAAUCAAGAAAUUGAGAAGCUGAAGACCCAAAUGAAACACUUCGAGUCUUUAGAAGAGGAGCUGAAAACCCUAAGAGCCAAAAACAAUGACCUCCAUGACAACUACUUGAGCGAACAGAAUAAGAAUAAGAUCCUCGUGGGCCAGCUGGAAGAAAUAAAGACAGAGAUGAAAAAGCAGAAAGAGCUGGAGAAUGGUGAAGCAGAGAUGGAGGAAGUGAAUGUGCCCAGCCGAGCUAAGCAUGACCGACCUAAGCAUCGAAUGGUUACAACCGAGUCAGCGGUUUCUAAGCAUAAGUCACGGGAACUUUCACCUCAACACCGGCGGGAGAGGCUACGCAAUCGAGAAUUGAAUAAUGAAAGUUACGGCCAAAGUAGCAAACGAGUUACAAGCCCUAAUAUGAACAGCAGACGGGUAGCCAAAACAUCUGGCACAUGUACUGCAUUAGACUCGUUAUCAACUGAUGCUAAACGGGUAGAAGACAAAUCCAUCUUAGGUGUGAACAGUUCUCCAUCAAAAGACGACGGCACCUCUGCCACUGAAGUGAAGAAGUCUAGGGAACAGCCUUCGGUGCUUAGCCGUUAUCCACCUGCAGCCCAGGAGAAUAAAUCUUGGAAGGCCUCUCCAAAACCCAAACCUGAAAAUACCACAAGGAAUAGAGUUGAAAAAGGACCUCAACCACUGAACGAUGCUCAUGACGUUAAGCCCGAUGAACCUGAAGAUCAGUCCAGCAAACCAGAAUUCACAGGACCGUCUUCUGAAAAGGGACUAAAGAUGCAUGCCGCAGAGCCGCUGGCUCUUACAACGGAGACUCGCACCUCCAAAACUAACGGUGGGCCACCCAAUGGCGCUGCUUUGUCCUAUGGGCAGCAUCCCUCGGGAGAAAGCCCAGCUUCCGAGUCAGUGAGCUUGAAGACGGAAACCUCAUUUUCGGCUCGCAGGCAGCCCUUGGAAGAAGACCCUCAAAAGGCAGUCAACUUCCAAAAUCGAGAGCCCGUGGAUCUUCCAUUUGAAAUGACAAAGCCUUCACUUUUAUCGAAGCCUUGGUUCGUUUCGAAAAACGGUAGUUCGCCGAAUCAUCCAAUUCCUCAAAGAGGGGAAACAGACCAAACUCUUUUCUCAACUGUAAACUGCAACAAUUUGGACCUAAAAGCAACAAGGUCCAAAGCUGCCAAUCCCAGCCGGAUCGAGAGAGCAGGCAUCGAGGAAGGGACAAGCAAAAUCGGAAACAUCUCUACUACUUUAGACUUAGGGAUAAGAAAAGAGGUCGCUUCCCGGGAAUUCGCCGCCUCCCGGGGAUCCGUUCACACGUCUUCCUUGGAAAAUGAUAGACAUGCCAGCAGCGAAGAAGACCUCAGUCGGCCAUCCAAAAUGACACCGGCCGGGGCAAUGUCAGGCUUAAAAUCCCGACGGCCAUUUAGUCCGCGGGAAGCGCUACGCUCCAAAGCCAUCAUCAAACCUGCAAUUGUGGAGAAAGACGUGAAAGAAGUCAUGGGUGGUGUGGGUUCUGGUCUGGAAGCCCCCUGUGAAAAACAGCCUCCCCCUUGUAAGACAGUAGCCCAUAAAAUGACCAGCAGUAUCACUAUUUACCCAUCUGAGCCAAUGACUCCAAGGACCAGCCUCAUGGACCCUACAAAGGAGCAGCUACAUGCAACACUUCAAGCCAUUCCAAGCCAGCUGUCUCCAGGAGGAGAGGCAACCACCGUUCCCAAUGACUUCUCACUUAACAGGAGCAGCAUAACUUUAAAGUUACCAGAGACUGAUAAAAAUGGAGACUCUGUUCUGAGGAGCCGAGUAGAAACAGUCAUUUCCAAAAGUAGUAUUACAAUAAGGCCUUCGGAGGCCACCGAAAGAAACAGUGAACCACCCCUGGAGACGGUCAGUUGGAAGAGUCACGGCAAUCUGGCGACAAACUCCUCCGAGGCCAAGCACGUCACAGUAAGAAGCUCAUGGCGGACAAGGCGAGGAUUGCGUUCUUUGGAAGACUCUCUAGCCAACGAGGUUGACCAUGUAAAUCCUCGGACUCCAUGUAGGUCAUCGACUGACCCUUCUAAACCGGAAGGGACCACGGCACGCAUCUAUGCGAUUGAACAGAAUUCCAGACGGGCGAGUGCCGGGUCGAAUUCUUGGAAUACUCCAGAAUUAGACUCUAGAAGGACCAAAAGUAACUUGAGCGCAUCCGAGAUGCUUAACCAGAAAAGCUGCGUCAAUGAUCUUGUGGCCGCUUCCUCUUGGAAUUGCACAGUAAUGCCAGAAGACAAAGAUUUUGCUCCCAGGAGAAAAGCAUAUAGUUCCUCUGAGCAACUGACGUCAAGGAGGAGGGCAGAGGUCAAGCCGGAACUGCCCCGCCAACUUCCGAGCAGCAGGGCUGAGGAACGGAGGCGGUGGUCCAGAGACCACUCGGAAGCCCACUGAAGUGGCUGAGGCUUAUUUCCUGUUGCAGUUUGCAUGACUUCCAGACCUGGAACGCCAUCUUUCUCCUGCUGCUGCUGAUGCCAGUCCACCAUGGGGGGACUGAUUCGGUGCCUGACUACCCCCUUUCAGUGCUCCAGUACUCUCCCUCUCCCCCCCCCCACCAAACAAAAAAAACCCAACCCCAACCCAGAUGGACUUUUCUUUUCAUGGUGGCUUUGCGUUCUCUUCCUCCUCCGCGAAGGAGGAUGUGGAGACUUUGCUCAGGGGAAUCCCACUCUGGGACUUUACCGAGCGCGAAUCGAUGGAGACCCUCAGCUAGGAACUGCUUGGAAGCAUCCAAGAACUUUGGAUAUUUGGCUUGGGUGUUUAAUUGACUCCAUUCCCGGAGCAGCUUUCGGUUUGGUUUGACUUGAAAGUCCCACGGAAAACCACUUUGGACUUGUGUCUGCUGGUCCUCAGCUUUGGAGAGCCAAUUUACCAGACACCUCCGACCCACAGCUCUUGAAGAAGGGCCUAGCAGGGUUUCCUGGGCCAUUGCUUCCCAGUAGCAGCAUCUCUUCUUCUUCUUCUUCCUCCUCCUCCUUCUCACCCGCAGUGCAACAGUUUGGCCGCUCAUACCGAUCAUGUUUGAUUGAGCCAUCCAGAGAAGCAAUAAAUUUGAGAUGGGGUCUCCCUCCUCCACUGUCUCCUGCUCCACUGGCAGGGACCGGAGCACCAAAGGUUCGUGGGUUCCCUUUGGCCUCAAAACAGCUGCUUCCUUUCCUGUUGGCCUAGCACACUCCUUGAAAAAAACCAGCCAGAUUUGGGGGGUAAUACAACGGAUGACUCUCAUCGACAAGCCUCCCCGCUCUGCUCCCCAUCAAAUCGCACCCCGAUCCAAAGGGACCAGCGUGCCAUGUUCUGACGUCACUUGAACUAAGCCCUAGAAGACUCAAGGGCGGCCGGCAGUUGGAAAGUGUCAGGUUUGUCCAGCACCUCAGCGCAUCCUUGGGAAUGGGGGGGGGGGAAGGGGAGGGACACAUUCCUUUAUUUCUGCUACCUCACCACUUGCUUGGACAGAAGGACCAGCGUAGGAUCUUCCGGAGACCCAGCGGCUGCCCUCUUCCACCUCUUGAAACAGCAAACCGAACUUGGUUCACACAACCAUCCUCGCCCCCACCCCCCCAGGUCUCUUUUUCAUUGUAUUCUGUGCGUCUCGCUCAGAUGCUGCUCUUGCCUCUGCUCCUGUUUUGCCAAGGUGGGAACUCAAAAACAAAACAAAACCUGACCGGAAUUAGCUGCUCUUCCAUUUUUAAAGGAAUCUCUCUCAUGCGCAUGUACAAUCAUGCCGAGCACUAGAAUGAUGAGAACCAGUCCGGAGGUUCUCUGUAGAGCAUGUGAGGCUGUGAGCUGUCAUCCACACUCGCAGGCAACACCCUUCCAGACUCCAGCUGUUUUGACAAAGGGAUAUGCAUGGGUUCCAAGAGUUAAUUAAAAAUGCUAUUAUUACGGCAGCCGGUCCGUGUGGCUCGGAUGACGAUAAUGGGUUUGAGGGAGGAGAAAUCAGCCAGUGGAUUGUUGAGUCUGCUCACCUGCACACCACCUCCCUCACCUGCUAUUACUACCUGCAAAGCUUCUGUGUUGUCUGGAUAGCUGGGAGCAAACAUGGGGAAGUUUUGAGGGGGCGAGAAUUUGUGGGUACCGUACCUGGUUUCUCCUUUUCCUGUGGUUCUCCUGCAAGUCGUUUUCACUCACACAUUGGGAAGCAAACAUGGGAUUGAUGCUCUUGGCAUUCAAAACCAGGUUUAUAUUCAGACUUGGUCAUUUUCUCUUCCCUCUCACCCCCCCCCCCAUGGUCUUACAUUCCUUCUGCUGUCAUUCUGCUUCAGAUGCAUACUGUGUUUCCCCAAAAAUAAGAUCCUGUCUUAUAUUUUUUUGAACCCUGAAAUAAGCGCUUGGCCUUAUUUUCGGGGAGGUCAUCUUAUUUUGGGGCGCGUGGAGCAAGACAGGGCUCCUCUUGCUAUCUUACCUGAUUUCCAGCUGUCUCCCUAACCCUAACCAGAGGAAAUGGUGGGAACCAGCUGCGCAUGCGUUUAAAGAUUUUCUGGGAGGGCUUAUUUUCAGGGGAGGUUUGUUUCAGGGAAACACGGUAGUAGCUGCCUUUUUGUGUGUGUGUGGGGGAGAAUUGUAUCAGCACAUCCACUGUCGCUUCCUCACCAUCAACCAUCGCCUACCAUCAGUUCCUUACUGUCAACCAUCACCUAUUGUCACCAUCCACCAUUGAUCUCUUCCUCCAAAAUCAUUUGAUGGCUGCCUGAUGGUGUUAGGGCUCAGGGCGUAGCACUGUGCGCUUCAACAAGAUUUGCCUCCCUCUAAGCCGGUGUUUCCCAAAUGUGAGGACAUUACCCAAAACUGAGCAAGACUGGGGCUUUUGUUUUCUUUGCGCAACAACACAUGACCGCACUGCCAAUCAGAAUAGGGACAUUUGGAUUGACUUAGAUUGCCACAUAUAUUCGGGGGAAAAAAUCUCCCAAAGUAUUCCUAUUAAGAGGAAGGUUGAUAAAAUUACAAGUUGGUAAUUUGCUGAAAUGAUCCUUCAGGGAUGAUUGUUUUGUAUAAUAAUGGGAGUCCUCGAGUUAUGACCAUUCAUUCAGUGACAGUUCGAAGUUACAAUGGUACUGGAAGGAAAGGAGUUUGGUAAGGUUUUUUGAUAAGCAGUUUUGGGUAAUGAAGGAAAAUGUUUGGCAGCCCUGCUCUAAGCUAGGGGUCUCCAAGCUUGGCAACUUUUAAGACUGGUGGACUUCAGCUCCCAGAAUUCCUUAGCCAGCACGGCUGGUUGAGGAAUUCUGGGAGUUGAAGUCCAUAAGUCUUAAAAUUGCCAAGUUUGGAGACCCUCUGCUCUUAAGUCACCUUAUUCAACCAUACAGAGCAGGGAAUUCCACUGGAAUAGCUUUGCUCAAGAGAAAAGAGCCCGUAUAUCCAUGUGUCUUUUUUAUACGAUAAGUGCAUGUAUUCCUCUCCAUCUUACUCCCACCGCAUACGAGUUUCAUGAAAAGUUUGGACUUCCUGUGGCAGCCAUGCCUGGAGUCAUUAGCCUGGGGAGAUUAUAGCCAGAGUAUGCGGCAUGUGCAAAGUUCUGCUUUAUGUCAAGCAAGGAUUUGAAUAACACAAUCAGACUUUAUUUAAAAAGUCACACGUGACCACAACGGCGGGUGGAAACACAUGUCCUGGGAACACCUCCAAUGUUGUCAUUCCUUCAUCACUGUUGAAAAUAUCAGCCUGCUAGAUACACCCUUCGAGGGUUUCAACACAAACCAGGUUCUAGAACCACAAAGAGCGAUUUGUAGCUUAACCUUGCAAUAUUUGGAACCUAAACCGAUGCUCGCUGUGAAAACUCCUAGUUUCCCCCUUUUUGCAUGCCAUGUUUUCUGUUGCACAAACAGGAAUAAAAGAAGGUGUGAGGGGUUUUGGUUUUUGUUGCAGAAAGUCUAGGAAGCCCAAGGCAUGUUUAGGAACCUUUGUGGGCUACCAUCUGCUAGAGGUUCAGACAUGAAUCUGAGGCAACCUACUGCUGGUUUGGCCUAUAAAAGAGUGUCAGUGCUGGUUCUUGUAGCAAAAUCUGAGGAGAUCGUCGGAGACCGAAUGCCUUCCUUCCAAAACUACCUUUCUGCGCUUUGUAUUUGCAUAAUCGCGGUUACUUCAGUCGGCUGAAAGCAGUUCUGAAGUUAUACAUCACAGCCCUAAGUUACCGGCUCAGCCUUUGAUGGGAGUACCGCCAAAAGAGUGGUUACCAAAUUUGGCCCCUCUUCUUCUUUUUUUUUAAAAAAGAUCUAAUAAGCCUUUAUUUCACGUUCCAGCACUUUUUGGAUUGUUGUCAUAAUGUAAAACUUAUUUUUAUUCUCCGAUUUUUGGCAAGUCUUCCAGCUUGUGGGAGUGGGGAAUGAAGAAGAGGGGG